AUGCUCGCUUUUUUAUUUGGCAAAAAAUUAAUAAAAGUAACCAACCUUUUAUUCCGGCGGGAGGUUUACCGGAUCCCGAGCCUUUUUUUACAAAUAACCUUUAAUAACAAUGCGUUAAUAAUUAUAAGCUUAAAUGGAUACGCAAUUUCCGUUGCGUUUGCGCAAUUAAAGUACCAAAGUUUUUGCUUAAAAACGAUAACGUGCGGGAUUAAUUUGUGUACGUUAACGUUAACGAAAUUGAUUAUAAAGCUUUCCAAGCAACAAUUUGCGCAAACGCAAAAGCGCUUUUUAAAACGCCCCGUUGGAAAUAACGUUUUUUUUUUGCCCGCCGUUAAAUUUACGCUUAUUAACGAUUUUAACCAUCGCGUCGCUUUAAUAAGCCUAGCCUUUCUUUUACUAAUGCUUUACGGAACCGGUAAAUAUACCUUCCUUUGCUUGCGGGAGGUUAAUUUCGCAGCUUAA